AUGUUCGCCCGUACCCGUGCCGCUCUCCCCCGCCCCCACCGCCUGGUGGCCGCCGCUCCCCGCCGUCACAUGGGCUCCAAGGACGUUGUCUUUGGCAACGAGGCUCGCCAGGGCAUGCUCAAGGGCGUUGAGACUCUCGCCAAGGCUGUCACUGCCACCCUCGGCCCCAAGGGCCGCACCGUCAUCAUCGCUCAGUCGUUCGGUGGCCCCAAGAUCACCAAGGACGGUGUGUCGGUUGCCAAGGCCAUCACCCUCAAGGACCCCGUGGAGAACCUCGGUGCCCGCCUCGUCCAGGACGUCGCCUCGAAGACCAACGACACUGCUGGUGACGGUACCACCACUGCCACCGUUCUUGCUUCGGCCAUCUACGCCGAGGGUGUCAAGAACGUUGCUGCUGGCUGCAACCCCAUGGACCUCCGCCGCGGUGCCCAGAAGGCCGUCGAGAAGGUUCUCGAGGUCCUCGAGGCCAACAAGCGUGUGAUCACCACCUCGGAGGAGAUUGCCCAGGUUGCCACCAUCUCGGCCAACGGCGACAAGCACGUUGGCUCGAUCAUUGCCCAGGCCAUGGAGAAGGUCGGCAAGGAGGGUGUCAUCACCGUCAAGGAGGGCCGUACCAUUGACGACGAGAUUGAGAUCACCGAGGGCAUGCGCUUCGACCGCGGCUUCAUCUCGCCCUACCUCAUCACCGACGCCAAGAACCAGCGCGUCGAGCUCGAGAACCCCAUGAUCCUCCUCUCGGAGAAGAAGAUCUCGGCUCUCCAGGACAUUCUCCCCGCUCUUGAGAUUGCCGCCCAGUCGCGCCGCCCCCUCCUUAUCAUUGCCGAGGACAUUGACGGUGAGGCUCUUGCCGCCAUCAUCCUCAACAAGCUCCGUGGCCAGCUCUCGGUCGCUGCCGUCAAGGCCCCCGGCUUUGGUGACAACCGCAAGUCGAUCCUCGGCGACAUUGCCAUCCUGACCGGCGGCUCCGUCUUCACCGACGAGCUCGACGUCAAGGUCGACAAGGCCACCCCCGACAUGUUCGGUGCCACCGGCUCGGUCACCAUCACCAAGGACGACACCAUCAUCCUUAACGGUGAGGGCGACAAGUCGGCCAUCCAGGCCCGCUGCGAGCAGAUCCGUGGCGUCAUUGCCGACCCCACCACCUCGGACUACGACCGCACCAAGCUCCAGGAGCGCCUCGCCAAGCUCGGCGGCGGUGUUGCCGUCAUCAAGGUCGGUGGCUCGUCCGAGGUCGAGGUCGGUGAGAAGAAGGACCGUUACGACGACGCCCUCAACGCUACCCGCGCUGCCGUCGAGGAGGGUAUCGUCCCCGGUGGUGGUACCGCUCUCCUCAAGGCUUCGGCUCAGCUCGACGCCAUCGAGGUCGACAACUUUGACCAGAAGCUCGGUGUGUCGAUCAUCCGCCAGGCCAUCCGCCGCCCCGUGCGCACCAUUGUCAACAACGCCGGUGAGGAGGGUUCGGUCGUCGUCGGCCGCCUCCUUUCGGACGAGUUCGCCGCCACUGACAAGUUCAACUGGGGCUACGACGCCGCCACCUCGCAGUACCGCGACAUGAUUGCCGCCGGUAUCCUCGACCCCCUCAAGGUCGUCCGCACCGCCCUCGUUGACGCUUCGGGCGUCGCCUCGCUCCUCACCACCUCGGAGGCCUGCGUCGUUGACGCCGAGGAGAAGAACCCCCCUCCCGGCAUGGGCGGCAUGCCCGGCAUGGGUGGCAUGGGCGGCAUGGGCGGUAUGAUGUAA